GUGCCAUGCCAUUUUAAAAUGUGAUGUUUUCACGCGUGUGACUCGUAGAUGGGUUAGCAAAGUCAUCAGAAUUCCAAUCGAGCUAGCUUAGCUUCCAGAUCAGCGGGGCGGCCAGUUAAGGAAAGUUCGGACCUGGGAAUUUCAAUUAUUUCACUUGAUUACAGUUACCAUUUGACUGACGCUAUCAUAUUCGACCUAUGGUGGCUUCUAGGUUGGCCCCAUUGUGACAAUGGAACCAUCCGCCUGCACUCAAUCUUAUCCAAGCAACCAUACGUCGAACGCAGCAGGUGAACAUUGUCACUGGGAGGUCAGUGACAACGUCAGACUGCGUCGCUUUCUGUGCUACGGCUCGGAGGGAGACGUAUACACCGCCUCAGAGGAGGCUCACCUGGGCGUGGCGCAAGCAGGAGCCCUGCUUUCUAUGCUUCAGGAGGGCCGAGGUAUCGAGGCGGUCAACGAAAUUAAAAGGUUUGCUCAAGAUGAACGAGCUGUCAGACCUGACCCUUCCAUAUUUGCAUUGGCGCUGUGCUCCCAGCACGCUGAGGUGACGACCAAACGGGCGGCGUUUAAAGCUGUGAAGGACAUUUGUCAGGAUCCCGCCCAUCUAUUUUCUUUUAUCCAAUAUAAGAAAGAGUUAAAGGAGGACAUGAAGUGUGGAAUUUGGGGACGCGCUUUGAGGAAAGCCGUGUCCGACUGGUACAACGGGCAGGAUGCCCUGAGUCUAGCUGCAGUUGUGACCAGAUGUAAACAGAGAGAGGGAUGGUCACACAAAGAUGUACUCAGGCUAUCUCACACCAAACCAGCAGAUGAAGCUCUUGCUUUGAUCAGCAAAUAUGUUGCAAAAGGAUGGAAAGAGGUCCAUGUUGCCUAUGCUGAUAAAGAGAACACAGAGGAGGUCGUCAAAGUACUCUUAUAUCUUGAAGUGGUGGAGAAGGUCAAGCACAGUUGCGAUGAAACCGAGGUCAUCAAUUUGAUCGAGGAGCACAAAUUGGAGCGGGAGCAGCUUCUUACCGACCACCUCAAGUCCAAAUUAGUUUGGAGGGCGCUGUUGAAGGAAAUGCCGCUUCAAUCCGUUCUAUGGAUGCUUGGAAAGAUGACUGCCAGAAAGAUUCUUCAACCAGGGGCUUCGGAAACCCAAGCACUGUGUGAGAGAAUGCAAACGGAGGCCGCACUAAAGAAGGCAAAGUUGCACCCUUUCAGUAUCCUCUUGGCCUCCGAACACUACAAAAGAGGUCAAGGCUAUCAGGGUAAAACCAAAUGGGCAGCAGAUGGCAGCAUACUCAAAGCCCUGGACAUUGCCUUCUAUAAGAGUUUCUCGAAUAUUGAGCCAGUCGGUAAAAGCUUUGUUGUGGCUGUGGAUGUGAGUACAUCGCUGAGCAGUGUUGUCCCGGGGACAGCACUCAGCACCGCAGUGGCUGCUGCGGUAAUUACGAUGGUGUUUGCGAGAACAGAGGCAGACACCCGCGUACUGGCCUACUCCGAAGGCGCUUUGCAGCUAUGCUCUGUGUCUGCUGACAUGAGUCUUGCUCAAACAACCGAUGAACUCAUAAAGAUCCCGGGAGGAAGCACAGACUGCACUCUUCCCAUCGCGUGGGCCACAGAGAAUGGGAAAGCUGUAGAUGUCUUCAUCAUUUUAACCAACAACCCAUUGUGGACUUUCACUGCGAGCCCGGUGGAAACACUAAAGAAACAUCGACAAACAUCAGGACGCCAUUCCAAGUUAGUGAUGUGUGGGCUGACAUCCAUCGGGCACACCAUGCCUGACACGGGGGACAGAGGUCUACUGAGUAUCUGCGGCUUUGACCUCGGAGCCUUUUGCAUAAUUCGCAACUUGGCACAGGACCUAAUAUGAAAGUUUUCAGCCUCUGACUGGCAUCACUUAACUGAAACGUGAAGGAACGCAGUCGACAUACAGGGUUCAUGUACAACAAUGGGCGCUGCUUGGAAAGUUAAAAUCCAAUUCAAACUUUUCUCUUAGGUAUUUUAUUGCUGACAAAUAGACGACGACGAAGUGUCCAGCAGGCUGGACAAUAGUCUUGAAUUCUAAUGUUCAUUUGUUUGUCUUACCUGAAAAGGCAAUUUGGACACUACUGUGUAUUAUGGUGUUAAAAUUUGAAGGUCCAACACUAAUGUGUUUAUUUACUGCUGAAAUGCUGUGGUACUCAAGGGCUGUCCACAUUGAGACAGAUGACGCUUUGUGAGCAUCCACAGUCAUAUGUAAUUCAAUGGCUUUUGUUUGCCUAUCAGUGGCAUAUUUUCUACUGAUUGCGCAAUAUUUCCAUGGAACCCAUUGUUAUGGCUUCACUCCUUGCUGAUGAUUCGUCACAUCUACAUUUCUCUCAUUAUUUAUUUUUUCAGUUUCAAAUUUAUGCCUACAGUAUUUCUAUUUUAGAUAGUUUUGCCAUUUGCACAGUUUUUAAAUAUUGGCCUUUACCACUUAACACUGUCAAGCUUCUCAUCUCCAUACAUACCCUAGAAAACACUGUCCAAUUGUUUUAUUUUGUUAGAUUUUAUCUUGAGUUAUUAUAGGUCAGUCACAGGUUCUCUUUCUUGGAAAGGAAAAGCAUCAACAUUCAGUUUUAGCAUUAUUUUUAAGAGUUCUAUUUAGGGCCUGGCUAUAGAUCCUUUUUGUCGAAGAAAUGGAACCUGUUAUCACAAAUGCAUUGUAAACAUCCCUUU